AGUUUUUAAAUGACCCAAGCAGUUGUAGGACCAGUGCAUGACACCGAGCUGGCCUAUAUAGUCGGUCUUCAAAGCUAUUAAAGCUGAUGCUGCAAUGUACCUUAAAAGUGCAGUGCCUCCUUGCUGUCUCAGGAGAGUCCCGGUCUGAGGGCGUCUUCGCGCUUUUAAAGGAGUCUCAGAGGAGCUUUGGACUCCUCUCACUGCGCUCCUGAAGUCACCCCGGCCCGCCGGCGCUACCUGGAGACCUGCUAAGAUUUACAGAGCACGUCUGCUCUUGCAUUUUCUAACCACACUGAAUAAUUGAGCGAAUAGAUGAGUCAAUCUACACGGAGAUCUUACAGCAUAGCUCAGCUAUGAUUUUUUUUCUUCUUCUUCUUCUUUCGUUCAUCUCGCCUAUCAGAAAAUAAAGGGCUGGAAUCAAAAUGAAUGAGAAUUUCAUUUGAUCCGUCAUGCAUUUGAUAGGGUAGAUUUGCUUUGGCUUUUUGAGAGAGAUUGACUUUGGAACAGACAAUUCCUGCAAUUUGGGUAGGGGUAAAGGAAUUAUGGAUUUAUUUUAGGCCUUUAUUUUCUUGUCUAAUACCUUUGUUGCUAUGGUAACUCUCCACAUCUCCCAAAUUGCCCCUUCGUCUCCCUUAUGGGUGGUCUUUUUUUUCCCCUUUUCCUCAACAAUGCCUGAGCGCACACAGGUUUUUUUCCCCCCCCACCUCCUUAUUUUUGUCUGUCUCAAUCCGGCUUUCAUUUUGUCUGGGCUUUGCUGUUUCAGACGUAGAAUGGAGAAGGCUGAACACCAGAUGUCAGCAAAUUGAGCCAACCAAUCACAGAGAGAGAAGAACGAGCGGCGUCUGAAUGUUUCAGGCCUCAACAAGUCACGAUUCUUCUCCCAGUCCUUCCAGAGGGGUUUGCUUUCCAAACAAUGCAUAUAUAGCUCUCUGUUCUCACCUUACGCACGCUUGGGUUUAUUAUAAUCACAAAUGCAGAUCGUGUCACGGAACAGAAACAGCCCUAUCUAAAACGCGCUCUGCUGCAAAGCCUGCAUCUAAAGGAGGAAGUGCUACCUUCCUUCAUGCCACAUCCUCUUAGUUGUGUCUAUCUUCCUUUUUGACCUGCACGCUCCUAUCUUUUACAAUUAUGCGCUGUUGGGUCUAUUGCUUUCCUUAGAGCCUACUUUCAGAUCUGAAAGCAGCCCCUAGAACUUCUUGCCCCCGUGUUUUUGGAGGUUUGUGACGUCUUGUAGAGGAAUUUAUUUCAGCAGUACUUCCCCCCCCCACCCCACCCUCCAGUCCUGUUGUUCUUGGUCUCAGUGAGCUGAAGCUCUUCCUCACAAGGCGUUUUCGGACCCGUCCGCCUCUCUGCAGAUUCUUGCCAACAGGUCAGCAAAGAGACUGCACCGCCCAGAGGAGGAGAGAUGGAGGCCGCCGUUUUUGAAUACCAAAAAAAGGAGGACCCCCUGGAGGCGGAGUCUUUUCAGGGAGAGAAAAGGAAGCUCAUCCAGCCGACAUCUUUAAAAGACCCCAAACUGGAAAAACUAAAGGAGGCAUUGGUUGAUUGGAUCAAUACGACUUUGAAAGCAGAGCACAUUGUGAUUCAGAGCCUGGAGGAGGAUCUGUACGAUGGACUCGUACUUCAUCACCUGCUGUCCAGAUUAGGUGGCGUGAACUUACCGGUGGAGGAAAUUGCGUUGACCAGCUCCGCUCAGAUCCGUAAGCUGGAAGUGAUCCUGAAUGAGCUGGACAAGAGGCUGGGCAUGCAGGACAGCAGCCUGAUCAAAUGGGACGUCAAACUCAUCCACAACAAAGAUCUCCUGGCUACCAUUCAUCUGCUGGUUGCCAUGGUGAAAGCUUUCCAGCCUAAGCUAAAUCUGCCACAGAACGUGAAGAUUGAGGUUGUCAUAGUAGAAGUCAGCAAGAGCGGAAUCAAAUCUGAGCUGCAGACUGAGGUCCUGACAGGGGACAGCUACAGCCCUGAUACAGACUCCUCCAGCAAUCCCGAAAGGGAAGAUCCCAUUGAGCAACUGCUGAAGCUCGAGGCUAACAAGGUCAACACAGUGAAGAAGGCCAUCUUACACUUUGUCAACCAGAACAUGGCAGCCCUGGGUCUGCAGGUGGCUGAUAUGGACAAACAGUUUGCUGAUGGAGUGAUACUGCUGUUGCUGAUCGGUCAACUGGAAGGCUUCUUUAUCCCACUGGUUGAUUUCAACCUGACUCCCGUUAAUGACGCUGAGAUGCUUCAUAAUGUGACCUUAGCCCUGGAUCUUCUGAACGAUAUUGGCCUGCAGCUGCCCAGUAUUGACCCACAAGAUAUCGUCUCUCAGGAUAUUGCUGCCACCUUGAAGGUCCUUUACGCCCUGUUCAAGAAGCACAAGAGCAACUGAGGGAGAGGAUGCUGGAUGAAGACAACCCGAGUGGCGCAAAGAAGACAGAGGAAAAGUGGCAAAAACUGGAGCUUAUGUUCAUUUGACGGGUUUAAUUAAUCUAUGGCUGUAUUUCAGGUUAAAUUUUUGGGUCAUACCUAUUUAAAAAACGGAACCCUGAAUUUUAUUUUGCUUUUAUGAAUAGAUGCAUUGGAGUAUAGGCCAUGAUAGAUCAAGUUAAACCUUCUCAAAUACCAGCUGGAGCAUGCUGAAAAAGACAUAUAUGAGGUAUAACUAUCUUGUAAACUCCGGUUGAAAAGUGUAUCUGUAAAGUCGUUUUUUUCUUGAUGAAAAUAUUUCAUCUCACUGUUGUUAAAUUGAAUACUUCAAUGUUACGUUGGUGGCGGCAGCUGCGGCAGCAAAUUGCUUGAGCAUAAUUAUGUCAGAAAAGCGGCAGUGAGAGGUGUUACGUUGCGGCUCUGCACACCUGACUGAGGCUCAGAUAGGAGAGCAUGACUGAAGCAGCUGAUGGGAGCCAGACAGUUUAUGCAAAUAAAGCGCAACAUUCAGAAAACAGCCAACGUCUUGAUUGGCAUCACUGGAUAAAAAAAUGGUUUGUCCGACAGCAGAAAAGUGUCUGUUUUAUAUGUAUCCAUCACAAUUUACAGAACAGAUUUUAUUUUACUGAUUUUCGUGAUGUCCCAAAUUCUUAAAAAACAAACAACGACAAAAAAAAACCCAUAUGAUCUUGUUUUUUCCCUUUUAAGUUUUUAAAGUCUAGUUACUUUUAUAUUAAUAAAUGCCAUCAUAAUUAACAACUUGCUCUGACAUUGUAUUAUCCAUAGAAAUGAACAUGGUUUUAAAUUCUGCAGUUAAUAUAUUUAACUGUACAUGAAUGACUAACAAACUUACUGUAUUUAAAGAUAUAUUCGAGGUACAAAUUCCUGAUGUUUUCUUAACAGCAUAAAGUUGAAUAUAAACUAAUUUAUAUCAUAAAUACAGCACAUAUUUGUCCUUGGGCGUGGAUGUAGCUCAAUAAGCUUCAGUCCUUGGUGUAUUCAUUA